AUGGAGGUGAACAACCAACAACAUGAGGAUAUGCCCGAGUAUGAUAUGAAAUAUGAGAAAGAUGAUGGAACACAAGUGUAUGAUUCAGACACCGAAGAUGGGGAAGGAAACAAUAUUGACUACAAUAGUAAUUCAGAUUCUGAUGAAGAAAUCCAAAACCCAGUUCCUACAAGGUCAAAUAGAAAGAGGGUCAUGACUCGAAUGCCAAAAUUGAAGACUGUCUAUUUGGGAGAUCUUCUCCGCGAGAAUGUGGGAUUAAGUGCUUUUGGCUGGAAGAAGGUAACCUCAGAAGUGAAGGAGAAACUAUGGGAAGAGCUUACAGACAUGAAAGUAAAGAAGGAAAAUUUAAAGAUGAGAAUGUUAAACUCUUGGCGGAUAAACAAGUAA